GACCGGGGCAAGACAGGAGGGACGCAAUUGGCCACACUGGAACCAAUCACAGGCAGCGACACGGCCACUUCCGGGAGGAGCUGCGGGGCGGAAGUGUCGUGUUGGGCUCCGUCCGUGUGUUUCCAUGUGGAGGGGAAGCGCCGCCGAGGCCCGGGUCCCUGUCGCCGGCCCCGCCCCUGAAAUGCGCGAGGCUGGGCAGAUGCUAACUAAAAAUGAAUGAAAGCAGAAAAUCAGAUGAGAAAAAUACUGACAAUAGAAAAGAUGAUAAAGAAGAGCUACUGGAAUUUUCUGAGAACUUUAACCAACUUGAAUUGUUGGAAACACACAGACAUCUAAUUCCUAUAGGAACUCAGAGUCUUUGGUCAGGAGAGUCUGAUGAGGAAGAUGAAGAGGAGGAAAAAAGUGAGGAGUGGUACCAACUGCAAGAAAAGAAAAUGGAGAACGAUCCAGAAAAACUUCUGCUUUGGGCAGCUGAAAAAAAUCGGCUUAGCACAGUGCGCAGGCUCCUUUCUCAAAAGCUAGCUCCCGUUAACGUCCAAGACGAAGAUCAAUACACACCCCUCCAUCGAGCUGCCUACAGUGGACAUUUAGAUGUUGUGCGUGAAUUAAUUGCCCAAGGUGCAGAUGUCCAUGCACUGACAGUGGACGGCUGGACGCCUCUACAUAGUGCAUGUAAGUGGAACAAUACAAAGGUGGCUUCGUUUUUACUUCAGCAUGGUGCAGAUAUCAACGCUCAAACAAAUGGAUUGCUGACACCAUUGCAUCUUGCUGCAGGAAACCGAGGGAGUAAAGAAACACUAGAACUUCUGCUGAUGAAUCGUUACGUGAAACCAAACCUAAAAAAUAACUUGGAUGAAACUGCAUUUGAUAUUGCUAGAAGAACUGACAUAUAUCACUACCUUUUUGAAAUUGUAGAAAAUUGCACAAAUUCUGUGCCAGAUUCUUAGAAAUUCUCAUUAUUUAAACUUCAGAAUGUGAAUUUCACUUGCUUCCUCUUUGUAACAUGGCAUUCUUUAUACUUGCACCCAAAACAAGUGGUUUCUCCCCACUUCUCAGAAAAGAUUUAAUGGGUGAUAUUGUAGAGGGAGGUCUCAUGAUUAAGGUUUCAUUAUUUUUGCAAAAUAAAUGACCAUAUACUUAUUCAACUCUGACAUAUAUCACUUAUAUUAGUAGCGUACCUGGGGGGGAGUGCUCGCUCCCACACCGAGCACAAGUGGCGCCUUUUUAAUUUUACUCACCCGGGAGCGAAAAAAAAAAAGGCAUCACCCACUGCAGCGCUUUUACUGACGGGGCGGCGCUCCAGGUCUUCGGUGGCACUUCGGCAGCAGGA